CUUUCAUGCAUCAUAUACAACAUUUCCUUUUUCAAUUGCACUUGGAACAUCAAAGCAGAAGCUCCUGAAGAUAUCCAGAUCUUUUCUUCAUACAGGCAUGUAGGAAAAUUGUUUGAAUGCCAGCAAUAUAUUAAAAAUGCAAGAAAGAAAAAUAUUGGAUGCCAUAUGAAGGAAAUAUAUUUUCAACCAUCAAGGAAAAUCGAUUUAAACAUAACAGCAAGAGAUUUCAGAAAUAAUUCGAGAGAACUGUCUUAUUACAAAACUUUUACACCUCAGACAAUAGAGAAGCUGAACCCACCAAACAACGUCUCAGUUUCCCUUGAAAACAGAAGUAUUAAAAUUCACUGGAAACCGCCACCCACUAUUGGUUCUGCAAAUAACAAGUGCUUUUUGUAUCAAGUGAAAAUAACAGAUCUUAAGAUUGUAAAUGUCACUGAAGAGAACUAUAAGUAUCCAUUUCAUAAGCCAGCAAACAAAUGUGCAGCACAAGUGAGGGCAAAGAAAGAGAUAUGCAUAAGAAACAAGAUCUGGAGUGAAUGGAGUGAGCCAGUGGUUAUUCAUGGUGAAAAGACAGUGAAUGUCCUGCUGCUAAGCACCACAUUGUUUUGUCUUCUGAUAUUCCUUGGAGGUUUGCUGAUGUAUGCAUGUAGAAGGUAUAGUUGCCUGGAAGUUAUAACUAUGCCUGUUCCACAUCCUUCAGAUAAUAUCAAAACUUGGCUAACAGAUGAGACUCAUCACCAGCAACAUAUGUCAAUGCAAAUGGAGAUGCACUCAGAGGUUACUGUGGGAAUACUAAAAGAGAAUAGAGAUGAGAACACUGAACAACAGAAAUGUUUGAAGGACUCUGGAUUAGAAGACCUAUAGAGACGAUACACCUUUUUUAUCUGCAUGCAAGAAUACCUUUCUGUGAAGUGACUGAUAACCUAAUGGAUCUAAGAACAACUGACACGGGAAU